AUGGCUCACAACGCGCCUGCGACGCCGUAUCCAAAGCAGUUCGUGCUUUGUUUCGACGGUACCGGUAACAAAUUUGCCGGCGACGAGUCAGAUAGCAAUGUCUUGAAAAUCUUUCGCAUGCUCGAUCGCAGUAAAUCGCACCAAUAUCAUUACUACCAGCCUGGUAUCGGGACCUAUGUGACUUCCAAGUCACUAUCCAGCCACGGCCGAAUCCAGCGCAUCAAAUCAUGGUACGCAAAGGCCAAGGACUCAGCCAUCGGAUCCUCGUUCGACGAGCACUUCCUGAUGCGGUACUACUCCCCCGGUGACGAGAUCUUCUUCAUCGGCUUCAGUCGCGGCGCAUAUAUCGCGCGCUUCCUCGCGGAAAUGCUCGACUACAUCGGCCUGCUCGAGGCCGGCAACGAAGAGCUGAUCCGUUUCGCCUGGAAGACAUUCGCCAAGUGGCAGCAGCGCGCCGGUGACUCUGAAGAGGACCAGCGCGAGAAGAAGAAGCUAUUCGAGUACAUGAAGGCCUUCCGUGAAACAUUCAGUCGCCCCAUCUCCCGCAUCCGCUUCAUGGGCCUGUUUGACACUGUCAACAGUGUGCCUCGGUUCGAGAAUGCCUGGAUGCAGCGCAGCAAGUUCCCUUACACCGCGCGCAGUUCCGCCCGAGUCAUUCGUCACGCCGUCGGCAUCGACGAGCGUCGCGCCAAGUUCCGCCAGGACCUGAUCUCCGGCCCUCGGCCGCACGAGAAGAACAAGCACCAUCGGCACCACCUGGAGCACCACAUGCAGCGCCACCGGGAUGCCCAGCACCACCUCCACCUUCUCCACCAAGAUCACGGCCAGAACAACCCCGCCCCGGAGAAUGAAGUCCCGUCUAUCCGUGUGAACGACGAGUCCAAUGGCCCGCAGGAUGAGAAGCUCGAUGCGCCCACCGAGGCACCAUCCACGCUGGCAAACCCCUGGGGCCCAGGCGAGGGGGAAUCCUACUACCACCCCCACCGUCCGGCCUCCUCGCACUCCCGCGACGGCAGUGAUACUCGCAGCGAGCACAAGGAGAAGAAAGACACCUACCGCGCCCCUUCGCCUCGCCGCUUGAGCCUCGCUCCCCCGGCUGCAUCAGAUUGUGCCUCGGUCCACAGCACCCACUCCGCGGGAGUCUCCAUGGCUCCCAGCCAUGAUUACGACAGUGACGACGACGACCAAGACAUCCAUGAGGUUUGGUUUCCAGGCUGCCAUGCCGACAUCGGCGGCGGCUGGAAACUGGCCGUCGGCGAGCAGUGGGCGCUGAGCCACCCACCGCUUGUCUGGAUGGUGCAAGAAGCCCAAAAAGCGGGCCUGGAGCUGGACGAGCGCAAGAUGAAGCAAUUCCAGUGCCUGGAGGAGUACGACGGCGACUACUCGCCGAUUCAGGAGGCGAUCAACGCGCGCCGUGGAAGCCAGGUGAAAGACGAGACCCCCGACAAUCCGGAUGCCUUCCGCACUGCGCCAGACGAGAAGCAGCGGUCGGCUGCGAGCCGCGACUUUUGGCACGCGCUGCACACGGCCAGCACGAAGGGCGUGUCGCACGACUGUCUGGAGUUCAACCAGGGACUGCCGUUUGCCUCGGUGCUCUCGUGGCGCAUCAUGGAGUGGUUGCCAUUCCGACGGAUGGAUCUGCGCGCCGACGGGUCGUGGAAGCCUAUUCGCUGGCCACUGCCGCGAGGAGAGGUGCGCGAUGUGCCGCUUGAUGCGGAAAUGCACGUGUCUGUCAUUCGGCGGAUGCAGGCCGACCCGAAGUACAGGCCUGGCAAUGUGAUUGUGGGCGGUGGUGGCCGAGGCGUGCGGUUUGCGCCGGCGGAGGCAGGGAUGGGCGAUUGGGUUGUUCUGCGGAACGAAGGCGAUGGGGUUCGUGAGACUUAUGUGCGGAAGACCGAGGCUACCAAGUGCAAGGAAAAAUUGGCGCGGACGAUGGCUGCGAAAGCCCAUUGA